AUGUGGCUUAAGUCCUGGGUCUACAUGGCCAUACUGGCUGGCCCCAUCGCUGCCGUCACUCAAAUCACCGAUGAUGAUAUGACCUCCCUCCUCGACGCCGGCGGCGCUGAAUUGGCGAACCUCUAUGCACCACUGUGGUUUUUUGCCCAAGCCGAAAACCAGCCCCCUUGUUAUCCGACUUGGGCCUUUAGCGGUUCACCCAACACGUCCGAUAUCUACGACGAUGCACACAAGACACCUGCUGCAGCCCAGUGCCAAUACCCCAAUGUUGGGUGUAACUGCCGCAAUCCUGGCGUCAAAGUUGGCAACCCAGGGCCCGCUUUCCCAGUGUAUUACACAUUCCAACGGUGUAACGAGACUGAAGUUCGUGUCGUCUACAACCUCUUCUAUGAGAAAGAUGGUGCGAUCUUCGGUCUGAUUGAGACUGGCCACGACUAUGACUGGGAACGAGUGGUCAUCAUUCACUCACGCAACAACAAUAACACAUGGGCUCCUACUCGUGCGCUACUCUCCGCUCAUAGCGGCUAUAAUAAUCUCGCCUGGGGUGCUAUUCAAAAUACGUUGACUACGGAUCAGGUCAAUGCCGGUGAUGCUAAAGAUCCGAAUGGGAUUAAGGAUGAAGAUCACCCUAAGGUGUAUGUGGCUUGGUCGAAACAUCCAAACUUUGAUACUCGUAACACGGGAUUCAUCGAUCCAAUUAGCCAGUCUUUGGAUGAUGCAUAUCGCAGUGAUGACUGGUGGUACUAUGUUGAACCACAAUACUAUAUCCGUUCUGAUAACAGCACAGAAGCUGGUCAAGCUCUUGGAUCGGCGGACUGGGGAAGCGCCACUAGUAAUCCACCGUUGGUGAUGAGUACCGUUUGCAACGCAUCAUAG